AUGAUCUUCAAGAAAACAGAUCGAAUGAACAACGACUCAGUGGAUAAUCAGCCAACUCGAUAUCCCAGUUCUGUUAAGAGAUUUGACCAUGAGCACCUCAACGAAGCACGCUCCUUGAUGGGUGACCAUAGUACUGUUUUGAUCCACUGCAUACAGAUAUUAUUGUUGGAAUACAUUAAUGAACCAAGAUUUAGAAACACAGCACCGGAGCCAAGACUUGAACGACAGCGAUCUCCCGGAGUCUCAGAAGCACUUUCAAAAUCUGGACGUAAGAUCAAUAAAAGAACUUCAUGGUUUGGAGGCGAUGAGACUAUGUCGGCCGGUGCGGAAUCGAGAUUGAUGAAACGACUGUCACCAGCGCUUGGAACAUAUCUACGGAAAGUUGUAAUGCAUGAAGUCAGGCCUGCAAGCUCUAAUUUACGAAGAUCUUUGCUGAAACUGUACAAUGAUUUGUAUUUGGACAGCAGUGGGAGAAGUUCGAAUUCGGAUAUUCAGAGCAUAGAAGAACUGAUCUUGCGAUUUUCCAGAGUUGUGAGUGGUGAGCUUUCGAAACUAGGUAUUUCAGAUGGUCAAGAAGAAGUUUUCAAGCAGGUCUCGUAUUUUAUUGAUUUAUUGUCCAAACUAGCCGCAGAAAGUAAAGCUUCCUCUUCUAAAUUAGAUGCUAGACUGCGCGAAUAUAAAGUCGCGUUUAAGAGCUCAUCGGCUGUGCCAUAUAGGACUUCGAGUCCCGGUAGUCAGCGACCUAAUUUAAUAAAGCCGGACUUCAAUAUCAGCAAAAUCACACAUGCCACGUACCUCCAGAAAUUGCUUGGCAUCGCGGAAGACAAGUUUCAACGAACUAUCGAUGAUUUGGCCGCAUCCGUGUCAAAUGAAGCUCUUUUGGCAGAAAUAACCCUUUACAAACAACGAUUGAUCUCUAGCGAUCCACAUUUUGCUCGAUUAUUUACCUCGCAAUCUUCCUUUUCAUCCUGGCAAGCUUCUGAAUUAGAGGACUUGGAUCAGCUCAUAGCGAAACUUAAGAGCUCAAAGGGCCAAACUUUUGAAUCACACCACCAAACAACCAAAUACCCCAUCAUACCAGCGAAAAGUCGCAGUUUAUUUGUCUAUUUGGCACAUUUGAUCUUCAAGCAAGAAAUAAGAGAGUCGAAAGAAGCUCUUGUCGAUUUCACUGUGAGUAACGACGGUCUCUUUUUUUUGACAAAAUGCGCUUUGUAUUGGAGAGUGAACUUGCAAUCUUCAAAGGCAUCUCUGGUUUACUGUGCUGCUAACUUGGAGGUAUUACAGGGUGAGACUCUCGACCCAACUCUUUACGGCGUGUUCUACAGAACCGUAAUUACUCGAGUCUUGAAAACUGAUCAGGACUGUAAUACGCUAUUAUGGACUGAGCUGGACCAGAGAACGUGGGCCUCGAAUCUUGAAAUUACUUUUCAUCAAUGCAUCAACUCUCUCUUGGAAUUAAUUUCCAGAUUGCACGAGAUUCCACGCCCAAAAUUCUCCCCUGUUCUGCAAGUUUUCCAUGGCUCGCUACUAGCUGAUCCCAUGUUCUCACAAGUUGGUGAUUUAAAUUUGGCUAUGAAACUUCUGAGAAAAGCCCUGUUCAAAGCAACUGAAUCCUUUUAUGUAUCGCUUCUGGAUAGCGUCCCCAGGAAUAAGAAUAUUGACAUAUCCCACGUCAGUGAUGUUGCGUAUCGAAUUUUGCAAGAAGUCAAAGAAAUUCAAAAGCGGUACAGCCGCCCUCUUUUGGAUGAAAUCAAUCUUGCACAUGAAGUCGCUAUAUUCCUGAUUGCGGCUUUUGGCGCUGAUUGCUCCACUAUGUUAACAUGCGCCGACCAUUACUCUAAUGCUGGUGAGAUGAAGGCUUUCAAAGCACUCGACGCCUUAGAAACGUACAAACAACUUGCAGAACUUCGCGACGUCUACAAGCAAGUUCAGCCAUCAAAGAAAUUCCCCUUUAAACUAGAAAGGUUUUUCGUGAAAUAUCUGUCUGCGAUCUGUGAUGACACUUGUGAUAGAAUUAUGGCUGUUGUUCAAAACUCAAUUGAAAACGAAGAGUGGAGACCUAUUAGCGCAGAGCGAAACUACAGUGCUUCUGUCAUUGACGUUUUCAAGAUGAUAUCUGAGUCUAUUGACGUUUUUGAAGGUUUUAAGUGGAAUAAUUCCUACCAGAUAGCAAAGAUUUUUACAUUCCUUUUCAAAUCAAUUGCCGAUGCGCUAGCACUGUAUUCUUCAAGGGUCUUGCAAAACUUGAGGCAGGAGGUCAAUGAACUGCAGGCACUUUCAGACAAAGAAAACGUCGACGAUCAAAAGCAGCAAUCUAGUAUCGCGUUUUUCUCUGCGUCAGCGGCCAACAAAAUGAAAACUACUUGGAUUUUUAAUGAAAUGAAAAGUGCCCUGAAAUCUUCAGAAAUGGUAUUACCGCUGCCAUUUGUUUAUAGCAGGAAAGUUUGCACAUGUCUUAGUGACGCUGAUGAAAUGACGAAGCUUGUUAGUAAGCUAGAGGAUAAAAUUGAUUUACAGAAAAUCUCGAAGAUUGUCAAUGAGACGGAGCAAGCCGGCUCCAAAAGCAAGAGAAUUUUGGCAGGCCUAUCUCGUGGCCUGUGUCAUUUGUAUACCGUGAAUGUUGUUGGAGCCAAAGGUUUACGGCCAUCGUCCUCUGGGAAACCGCUGAAUUGUGCUGUAAGCUUUGUGGACAUGAAUAAGAAGAAGGAAAUAGCCAAAACGAGAAUUGUUACAAGCAGCACGCAUCCCACUUGGAAUGAGGAAUUUGAAUUGGCGUUACCCCAUGGUGAGUCCAAAUUAAUAAGUGUCACUCUUUGGGGUUAUAGGUCAAAUGAGGACUUGUCAUCUUCCAAGACUUUAGGCAGAUGCUUUCUCUCAUUGGAUUCGAAUAAUUCCAAGGGCGACGGUCUGCCCGAAGAACUUUGUUUGACAUUCGAUACUCACGGCGAUCUAAAGCUAGCCAUUUCAAUGGAAACGGAGCAGCUGGAUGCUUUGUUCUGCAUGGGCCGUGCUUAUAGAACUUUGGAAAGAGCUAGCGAACACUCUGUGCAUCUGGUUGUGAACCAAUUCACUACUUUCAUUGACUUUGCCUUUUCGCAUUCCACCCUGAAAACCAUUUGUGGAAACGCAGGAAAUGUUAAACCUGAUAAAGCGAUUGUGUAUGAUGCGAUUGUACCGCUUUUCGACUAUUUGAAUUCGAACCUUGCCAUACUCGCAGUGAAUUUGUCGCGUGAUUUGUUAUUCAAAAUCAUGCUAGAAGCCUGGCAACUUGUCUUGAAAGCAGCGGACGAUCUCCUUUUACCGAGUCUUUUGGAUACCCAGGCACUUUGGGAGAUCAAACGUCAAGAAAAAUCGAUAUGGUUCAACGCUUUAGAUGCUGCAAAGACAAGUUAUAAAACGUCUACCGGUUUUGGAAGAGCAUUGACUCAAAUUGAAAUCGACACGGUAUUCGAAUGGCUCAGAAUUUUGUGCGUUGAGUUUUUUCACAACAAUGGAGAGGGACCAUCCCUAAGCAAGCUGAAAAGCCAUCACUACCAGCGUUUGCUAAUAAUACCCAUAUUUUACGAUAAACUGGACCAAGAAUUAAUCGAAGAGGUCAAAAGGCUGGACCCUGAAUACGAAAAAUACCUAAGACUGGCAAGUGAUAUUGAACCUGAUAAACGGUCGAUUCGGGUGAAAAGCACUAGAGCAAACACAGUUGCCAGAAGAAAAACAUUUCAUGCGAAUUGGUCCAAACAAAAGCGGAAACAAUUGGACGAUGAAAUUACUAAAGCUGACAAUGAUCCUCUCGAAAUAAUGGCUGCCACCCAAGAUAUUUUAUUGCGAAUUUGUCUUGCCAAGGGCAAUUACGAAUUCGUUACCGACACACUAAAAGCUCGUGAAGCUAGCCAGAAACGUCUGCUGGCCGAGAAAUUCGUUCAAACGUUUUCUUCCGGGCGUCACUGA